AUUCCUUGCUUUGGAUUAUUUUUCAGAUUUACUUGCAGUUAUUCAUUGCAGUGUUACGCUUCAAGUUUAUAGUGCUCUCUUACAUUCUCCCAUCAUGAACAGUGCUAGUAAGGUUGGAGAGAUAUUUCUGGCUGCUGGUACUGCUUUCAACCAGCUUGCCGACCUGACUAUGGAACUGCACCCCACAGCUGAGAGUUCACCUGCAGGGACCAAGUGGACAGCUGAAGAAAUAGACAUGCUGCGCAGUGCUGUCAACAGAUUUGGUGAUGAUCUCAAUGCAAUCAGCCACAGAAUCAAGAACCGUACUGUAUCACAAAUUAGAUCAGCUUUGAAAAAGAAAGCGUUUGAAGACGCAGGCAUCACCCCUCAGCAACUGGCUGCUCUGCAAGUUAACCAGCAACAGGCUCUGCAACAACAGAGUGCGGAGUCAGGAGCAGCGCAGCACAGAGAAGUCACGCUUAACAUGCUCAACGUGGCAGCAGAGUGCGAGUCUGACGUGGUGGGCGGCCCUGACGAGGUCAACAUGGUCGACUUCGGUGCCGGGGCCAACCAAGUUGUGUCGUCUUAGCCCUCAUCAUUAUUUUACUCAUGUUCGUUUGUGAUCAUUACCUCAUCAUCUUCAUUGUCAUCAUAAAACACUAGGUCUUCAUUAAAUUCUAGCUUAUAGGUAUAAAUUUCCGUUCAUGUUGACUUGCAUUAUGUGAGUAAAUGAGAGUAAACCAGCAACAUAAGUUUCUUUCUUUCAGUGAGUUGAAUUUUAAUGAAGACAUUUCUCGUUCAUCUUGCUAUCGUUACAAUCCAUAUUAAAUUAGACGGAAUUAGACCUUCAGAAUGAAAAAAAAUUGAGAAAUAAGGCUCUUGUCAAGUGCAAGUCGUCAGUGAACUGCUUUGCAAGAGUACACAAGUAUUUUCUCCAUCAUCAUAAUCAUCUACUUAGGUUAUUCAUUUGUUCCUGAGUUAUCUCCUUGAUUUAGUUUCACUUUACACUCGUCACGACGUGCUACUUCUCUCCAAAAAUUACGCAUUAAGGCUUUGGUUUUUAAGAGUGAACGAAAAUUUACAGACUGGCGAGAAAUUAAUAAUAGGCCGAUGCGCGUGUUGUAUUUAUGAAAAUACGAUUCAAUAGAUACUUGAUCGUUCGAUGCACUGGUGAGACGUAGUUCGGUUUGCCACUCAACCUGAUGCACUGAUAUUGUGUUGGACGACUUCCUGAUCCUGCGUAGGAUCGAGUUCAUGUCCUGUAAUAGACUUGGUUUGCGUUGAGUUCUGGCAACAACUGCCGAGUUUUAAAUUUAAAUAUGGUCGAUUGUCUUUUCCAGAAUUAUUCUUUGAUCGACAUUUAGUACAAAUAUUACAUAGGGAACUACUCUCGUCAUUG